ACCAGUGUCGCCUGUGUACGUAGUUGGAAAGUACCCAAAGUUAUCGAAAACUUAUCUAGAAGUGAAAAAAUUGGUUGUAAACCAACCUUGUUUCUUACAGACUGGCUUUUGUUCUUCUCUUCAUGCGCCAUAUAAGUAAAGAAGUAGAAGAACCUUGUUUCUUGCUGUAGACAACUUUAAGUAAGUUCAAUACUCUUUUUGACAUAGUGGCGGACUUUCUUUCAAAGUUUCAAAAGCAGUAAAAAAUCCAAAUCAACAAACUUGUAAAUUAUGAAUUUGAACUUAAGUCAACUGAUUGAUUAAUUUGAGAAUCGCUCAAUAUUGUGAGUUAAUCACUCGAUUUAAUUUACAUCAAAGGUUUGAGAUUCAUACACUUUUGUUUUCUAUUCAGGAGAUUUUGACUUAAUUAGCAUAUAAAGUUGAAAACAAAAAUGAUACAGGCAAAUGAAAGUGAUAUUUUAAGGAUAGGCAAGGUUUUGAAUGAUCCUACUAGACCGCUGAAGGAAAGAUUCCGUGCUCUAUUUACUCUAAAAAACAUUGGCGGUCUUAUUGCAAUAGAUCAAAUUCGUGCUUGCUUCGAAGAUUCGUCAGCAUUGUUGAAGCAUGAACUUGCAUAUUGCUUAGGUCAGAUGCAAGAUCCUGCUGCUAUUGAUAUUUUAACCAGCGUCCUUGAAGAUUUGUCACAGGAACCAAUGGUACGUCAUGAAGCAGGAGAAGCACUGGGUGCUAUUGGUGAAUUAAGUGUAAUUCCAUUGUUAGAAAAAUACUGUAAAGAUCCAAUACCUGAAGUAGCAGAGACUUGUGAGUUAGCGAUGAGUCGAUUGAGAUGGCUGCAGUCUACAAAAAAUACAAAGAAUUUGCAAAACAAUUUAUUUCUAACUAUUGAUCCCGCACCACCAACAGAAAUAACAGAUGUAAAUAUUUUAAGGGAAAUUUUAUUGAAUGAAAAGAAGUCAUUGUUUGAUAGAUAUAGAGCAAUGUUUUCUCUAAGAAAUUUAGGCACUGCAGAUAGCAUUCUUGCUCUUGUCGAAGGCUUAAGAGCUGGCAGUGCUUUGUUCAGACACGAAAUAGCAUUUGUGCUAGGACAACUUCAAGAAAAGAUAUCUGUGCCAGGAUUACAAGCAUCAUUGGAAAAUACAGAAGAAAAUGAGAUGGUCAGGCACGAGUGUGCAGAGGCAUUAGGCUCCAUCGCCACUCCCGAAUGCUACGAGAUAUUGCACAAGUAUCUCAAUGACAGUAAAAGAGUCGUCCGCGAAAGUUGCAUCAUUGCUCUGGACAUGUGUGAUUACGAAAACAGUUCGGAGUUCCAAUACGCUGACACAUUGGCCAAGAUCGCUGCAUAGAAUUAUAUCUUUGUAUGACACGUAUAUAUUGUAAUAUUAUAUAUUUAUUGUUUUCUUAACAAAAGAAUGGCAUAAUAAAAAUUAUUACUGAUA